AUGGGCGCCGAAACCGACACAGCCGAUGCACCCCCUCCGCACAGAGAGACCGAGCCGGCCGGCAGGAAUGACUCCGAGGACCGGCUCCGAUCCGCAGCCCCGAGGAACCAACACUCCCGUGCACUCAGCGUGCCCAAGGUGCUUACCCCCUGGGCAGUCAAGGAGACCCGCAUCCUCCUGCUCGAGAAUAUCAACCCGAUCGCCGUCAAGCUCUUCCAGGACCAUGGCUACACUGUCGAGGAGAUCAAACAUGCCCUCAACGAGGACCAGCUGAUCGAUCACCUUCGAUCGAAUCACUACUCCGGACUCGGAAUCAGGAGCAAAACUAGAGUAACCGACCGAGUAAUCAAAGAGGCCGGCUCAAACUUAUUGGUUAUCGGUUGUUUUUGUAUUGGUACCAACCAGGUCGAUUUGGAAGCUGCGGCAUCGGCCGGGAUCUGUGUCUUCAAUUCGCCGUUCUCCAACUCGCGCUCGGUCGCCGAAUUGGUGAUCGGCGAGCUGAUUGCGCUAGCCCGACAACUGACGGACCGAUCGACGGAGAUCCACAACGGAGUCUGGAACAAGGUCUCCAAGGGCUGCUACGAGGUACGAGGCAAGACGCUAGGGAUCGUAGGCUAUGGACAUAUCGGCUCUCAGCUGAGUGUCUUGGCUGAGGCGAUGGGGAUGAACGUGAUCUACUACGACGUCCUGCCGAUCAUGCCGCUCGGCUCGGCCACCCAGAUCGACACUCUGGAGGGCAUGCUCAGUCAGGCGGACUUCGUCACUCUUCACGUGCCUGAACUGCCGGAGACCAUCAAUUUGAUCUCGGCCAAGGAACUCGGACAUAUGAAGUCGGGCAGCUAUCUGAUCAACAACUCCCGCGGCCGGGUGAUUGACAUCCCAGCACUGAUUGAGGCUAUGGAGGCCGGCCGGAUCGCCGGGGCGGCCCUGGACGUCUUCCCCAACGAGCCUGGAUCAAACAGCGAAAGCUUCGACGACAAAUUGAACCCGUGGACGAGCCGACUGCUUGCCCUUCGAAACGUGAUCCUCACCUCACACAUCGGCGGGUCGACAGAAGAGGCCCAGAAGGCAAUCGGCAACGAAGUCUCAAACUCGAUGAUCAAAUAUCUUACCUUCGGCUCCACCGUCACCUCUGUCAACUUCCCCGAGGUCUCCCUGCGUCCGAUCCUCGAGUCCGGCCUCGUCAGGGUCUGCCAUGCCCAUCACAACCAGCCUGGUGUACUCAAAAACAUCAACUCGAUCCUGGCUGAUUACAACGUCGAGAAGCAAUAUUCAGACAGUAAAGCUGAUAUCGCUUAUCUAAUGGCCGACAUCCAGCUCAGCGAUACCGACAACCGUACCUCUAACAUCGAAAUCUCAGAUCUAUUCUCUGGCAUCUCAAGUACCUCUAGCAAUAUUAAAACAAGAGUACUCUAUUGA